GCACUGCUCUCUGCGGCCGUCGCAGUCGAGUGUCGUGUGCAUUUCGUUUCAGUGCUUCGCUCUCGUUCUCCGCGUUGCUUUUUUAAACUUCGAUCGAGCCACUAAUUAGAAAAUUGGAGCCACUUGUUGGACGCUCUGGCAGCAUAAAUUUGCUCAACAUCUGGCCGGAUAAUGACGGACGACGAGUAGCAGCAGCAGAGACUGAGACAACCUGACGAGCAGUGAACGAAAAUGGGCAAACUUCUGAGUCUUUUGGCGAGGGACGACGCGUCCACCUGCUGCUCUCCUCAAAAAUACGACGUCUAUCUCGACUUUGAAAAUGCUCAACCAACAGAAAUUGAACAAAAGACCUUUGGCGUUGUCCAGAAAGUGCUGAAGAAUUCGGAAAUGAUUCUGGACGAACUGCAACAGUACAAAGGAGCGGGAAAGGAAAUACGAGAGGCCAUUUCCAAUCCGACCGAGGAGUCUCAGAAACGAGCCUUGCAAGCGGUCUUGCCGCUCGUAUCGAAACUGAAGCGAUUCUUUGAAUUUUCCAUGGAAUUAGAGGCCAUUGUUCCCCAAAUCCUGAGCGAGUUGUGUUCAGGGGACAUGAUUCCGACCCAACACCUGGAAACGCAACAAGCUCUGGUCAAACAGUUCGCAGAGAUCCUCGAGUUUGUCCUGAAAUUCGACGAAAAUAAGAUGAAAACUCCAGCGAUUCAAAAUGACUUCAGUUAUUACCGAAGGACCAUCGCCCGCCAACGAAUGAGCACCAGCGACGACGGUCCUGAUGCCAGGGAGGUCAGCACGGAGCUGGCAAACCGCAUGUCUCUCUUCUAUGCCCACGCCACCCCUAUGCUGAGGGUGCUCAGUGACGCGGUCUCGCUAUUUGUUAGCGUAAGAACAGACAUUCCAAUAGAGAACACGACCGAAACCUUGAGCACAAUGGCAAAAGUUUGCCUGCGAAUGCUGGAAAGUCCGCAACUGAUGGCUCAAUUCCAAAGAGAGGAAACACAACUGUUUGUUUUACGAGUUAUGGUCGGCUUGGUGAUUCUCUACGACCAUGUUCACCCGCAAGGUGCUUUCGUCAAAGCGUCGAAUGUUGAUGUGAAAGGCUGUGUGAAGUUGUUGAAAGAACAGCCUGCAGUGAAAUCGGAAGGACUUUUGAACGCCCUAAGGUACACAACCAAACAUUUAAAUGAGGACGCCACGCCAAAGAACAUAAAAACGCUGCUGGCAGCGUGAUCAGCGCCGAAACGAUCAAUUCCAGCAUCUUUUUCUGCUUGCUUUCGUUCUGACGUCAACUGAGUCAUUGGUGGAGAAUUUUAUGCUCUUUGCCUCUAUAGUAAUUAACGGAUAAUCAACUAUACAACAAAAGUAUAUGUGUCAUAUCACUUUGAAGAACAAAAGGACUGGGUGAAAAAUGUUCUGUGAAUUCACGACUGGAGCGAUUGAUCGAUCGAAGAAAAAAAACAUCACACAAGAGAGUAGCAAGUUAUUUAUUAUGUCACGCCUUUGUGGAGAAUUUAAUGAAUUAGUUGUUGGGUAAAAUUGCGGUGCUGUUGAAAUUACGUUUGCCAAAGUCUUGUUGCAGUUGAGGCCAAAUUUUUAACCAAAAAAAGAAGAUUUUAAAAUGUUAAUGCAUUUCGUGGCCAUUCCAGCAAAGUGUUCGUAGUUGUUUUCAUGCAUGGAACAGUAGAUUUAUCCAGACCUUUGAACCAUUCAGUGCAUUUAUUUUGUUUUUCACCUGGAAUGGCUUUUGAGCGUUUUAUAAGAACUUUUCAAACAAAUUUUGUACACUGCCCUAAAUUUUGAAAUUCUACAAAAAAUUGUGCGGAGGCGACAGCAUUUGGUGCGACUGUGCCUUCUAGAUUGAAAUUUAAUUGCUGACCAUCUUUUCAAGGAAAAGGCUGUUAACUAUGUAAAAGAAUGUCGAGUGUGAAAAAGCGGGCCCUGAUUCAUGAGGCCGAUUUGCUUUCAGGCCUAUUUGUUACGGAGUUGAGAGUUUAUGUAAAAGAGUCAGACACCGAAUCGGACAGAGAGUUUCUUGUAUUUACACAAAAAAAAAAAUGAAAUUAUUCAAUGCUUGCAUUUAAAACUUCAGACGAGAGCUAGUGCCGAAAUUCAAAAUGCACCUUUCUGACAAAUUUUAUUCCAAUAUAUUACGUAGAGUCAAGUUCACGUACCCAACUCUUUGCGAUUUGAGCACAAAUUUUACUGUGACAAUGAGGACUUUACCUCUGAUAAAGCAGGUUUAGGGAGCGAGUCUAAAAUUCAAAGUUAAAAAAGUAAUCCCGAAGGAAUUCUGCAUUAUAUCCAAUACAAAUCAAACCUCAAGAGCCGAGAAUCACAUCUCUAAGCUUUGGGGCAUUUUUAUGUUUUACCGUAAUUUAUUAUCUCUCCUAUUGCAUAUGUAAUUACAUGGCGAAUUAAAAAGCUUUUCAUCGUGAA